CGCGGUGUGGACUGAUCAGUGACGGUCAGAACUUAUUUCUCUUGCUUACAGACAGCUCAUAGACACUUACUCAAACUACUGGCCUACUACAAAUAAAGAAGCAAAUCUUCAAAGGAGAUCUAGCAGAAAAGCACUUCUACAUAAUCCUCUAAAAAGCAUUCAAAGAGAAAGGAGAAUAGAACAAAUAGAAAAAGCAGAGGAAGUGAGGAGCUUUCCAGAGGGAAAGAUAAAGACUGAAUCUUUAUAUUCUGGGAGGCUUUUAUUUUGCAUUUCAGUCCCAUUUCUCCAUUGUUUGCUCUCAAAGAUCCAGAGAGGAACAUGGGAUUGUACACAAGUUUGUGUUGUGUCAUAUUGGUUGCUCUGCUUACUGUGACCUGCACAAAUGGGGAAGAUCCUUACAGGUUCUACAACUGGAAUGUCACCUAUGGUGAUAUCUAUCCCCUUGGGCUGAAACAAAGGGGGAUAUUGAUAAAUGGGCAAUUUCCAGGGCCGCAGAUCGAAUCAGUCACCAAUGAUAACCUCAUUAUCAACGUUUUCAAUAGCUUGGACGAACCUUUUCUCCUCUCUUGGAAUGGUGUGCAGCAGAGAAGGAACUCAUGGCAGGAUGGGGUCUUUGGAACAAAUUGCCCCAUUCCACCAGGACAGAACUUCACUUAUGUUCUCCAAGUCAAAGAUCAGAUUGGCAGUUACUUCUACUUUCCUUCCCUUGGCUUCCACAAGGCUGCAGGAGGGUUUGGUGGCAUCAAAAUCGCAAGCCGCUCGGUUAUCCCAGUACCUUUCCCUCCUCCUGCUGGAGACUUCACCAUAUUGGCAGGAGAUUGGUUCAGUAAAAAUCACACUGAUUUGAAAGCAAUUUUAGAUAGUGGGAACAAUCUUCCCUCCCCUGACGGGCUCCUUAUCAAUGGCCGUGGAUCAAACGGAUUCACAUUUACAGUUGAUCAAGGCAAGACUUACAGGUUGAGGAUAUCGAAUGUGGGGCUUACGACUUCCAUCAAUUUUAGAAUCCAGGGGCACAAGAUGUUGCUGGUUGAGGUGGAAGGCACCCACAGCCUUCAGAAUACUUAUAGUUCCCUUGACAUUCAUUUGGGGCAGUCUUACUCUGUAUUAGUUACAGCUGAUCAACCAGCACAAGAUUACUACAUUGUUGUCUCUACGCGUUUCACUUCACAAGUGCUCAGCACCACGUCCAUUCUUCACUACAGUAACUCAGCAGGAAGCGUUUCUGGUCCUCCCCCUGGUGGCCCAACAACUCAGAUUGACUGGUCUCUUGAACAAGCCCGAUCUCUCAGGCGGAAUUUGACAGCAAGUGGUCCAAGACCUAACCCCCAAGGCUCAUAUCAUUACGGAUUGAUCAACACCACACGUACAAUCAGGCUAACAAGUUCUGCUCCAAUUAUUGAUGGCAAGCAGAGAUAUGCUGUGAAUAGUGUGUCCUUCAUCCAACCCGACACACCACUUAAACUUGCCGACUACUUCAAGAUCUCAGGGGUGUUCUCCAUUGGAAGCAUCCAAGACAACCCCACUGGAGGCGGUGCUUAUCUUCAGACUUCUGUCAUGAAUGCUGAUUUCCGAGGCUUCGCUGAACUAGUGUUCGAGAAUCCUGAGGAUACUGUGCAGUCAUGGCACAUUGAUGGCCAUAGUUUCUUUGUUGUGGGGAUGGAUGGUGGACAGUGGGAACCUGCAAGCAGAUUAAGAUACAAUUUGAGGGACACGAUUUCUCGUUGCACCGUUCAGGUGUAUCCCAACUCGUGGACUGCAAUUUACAUGCCAUUGGACAAUGUGGGGAUGUGGAAUGUAAGGUCCGAGAACUGGGCUCGCCAGUACUUAGGCCAGCAAUUCUAUCUUCGAGUCUACUCACCUGCAAAUUCAUGGAGGGAUGAAUAUCCAAUCCCAAGGAAUGCUCUUCUUUGCGGUCGAGCAUUAGGUCGUAGAACGCGGCCUCUAUAAGCAAAACCAGAAUCUUUGGAAGGUAAAACUGUGACCAAAGGCUGUCAGGGUCAUUAGAUGUGAACUAGGAAAGGAGAGGAUAUGUCUGCAAAUUAAAGAUGUAGUCAGGGCUUAACUCAAGCCAUUUUCACGAGUGUUAGUUUGCUUAUCUUCUGUGUGAUCCAAAUCAAACUCAUUGGAUCUAAUUUGUAUGGGUUUUGUAUUCUUUGUUCGCAUUAUUCUUAACCCCCAAAAAAAAAAAUUUGUCCAACAAUGUUCCUAUGAAUAUUUCCCCCGAUUGUGUAACGCGGCACGCUGUGAUAUACUGG